CUGACAACCUCCGAACAAGCUAAAAAGAGCGUCAAAAUGGCUGCCACUCUGUACUAGCAGAGCUGACAAAGAAACGAGACCAGGAUCUUGGAAACUUUUUUUUUUAUAAUUUUGAAUGAUUAAAAGAUAGUGAUCAUGGCCUUUUCGACGAGAGAUGUGAAAGAUAUAUCAGAUCUUGUCUCUAUGAAAUUAAAAUGGUACCUAAAUGUGGAGCGCAGAGAAUUACAAUUUGACCCAAAUGGUUUCUAUCGAACAACCCCAUUGAUGCAUCCAUAUGAUAAUAUGUACCAUUUAUCUGAAAUGGACUCCAACUAUCUCAGACUUCAGAAGCCCGGAUGGAUAAAAAGACAUGCAGAACUAAAGGACAAGGAAAGGACUCUGCCUAUUAAAGCAAAAGUAGUGCAGAACUCUCGCACUGUUGUAAGCCUUAAAGAAGCAGAAAGGCUUUCCAAAGAUGCAAGCAAAAUAUUUUCUGAGCUGCCUCUAGACAAACUCCAAGUGAUUCAUCGAUACCGCCCUGAAAGCACCAACAUACCACCCAUUGUGGAGAAUGGUCAUGUGCAGAAUUACACUUGCCAUGUGGGGUCUGCCCUGCAUGCCAAAAACUAUGUAGACUUCUACAUGAAAGAAGGUUUGCAAACAGGAAAAGGAGAGUAUUCCAAAAGACUUCAGAGAUUAAAAUCUUCAAAAAAGGUUUGUAUCUCCCUUUGUCACUCACUGUUGUGUUGAUUUUGGCUUACAAGCAUCAGUAUUAACAUUCACCAAAAAGGCGUGAAGAGUUCUUUUAUGACUGGAUUAUAUUUUAAAAUUAAGUUAUAUAAAAGGACCAGUGGCUGAGUUCUCUGGCAUAAUACUCUAACCCCCCUCUCUCCCUCCCAUGCCACUUGCAUUGGCAUAUUGCUUCCCAUCCUCACAUCCCAUAUGUACAGUUUAGAUGCCAUGGCAUUCUACAAAAUCUAAUUUUUAUAUAUAUACACACACAGAGAACAUUUAACUUUACAACUGAUUUCAGAAAUAGCAAGAAAUUGCUGUAAUGGUAAGAUGAAACCAAGCUUCCUGAACAAUGCGCUGUAUCUUACUGAAUAAUUGAUGUGUGACACUUUGAAAAAAAAUCCUAACAGCAGUUUACUUGAAUAUUUUCUGCCAAAAUUUCUCAUUUGCGAUUUCUGAAAUAUAUUUAUUUUGUCAAUAUGUAUGUGCUUCUUAACAUCUUUGUAACUGUUGCUGUGUAGGUUUCUUAAUAGCAGUAUGCUAUAUAUACCAUGUAAACAUGAAUUGCCUUACUUGCCUUCAACUCCAGUUCAUUAGGAUUAAGAAUUUAUAUGUACUUAUUUAAACUUUCUGCUUUGUACAUUUAUUUAAGAAUACUGAAUUAAAUUAUAAUAUAAUUCAAUAUUCUUAACAGGUAUACCUGGUGUUUUUUUUUUCACUUUUUUGUUGUUUUUCAUUGUAGGGUUGUUUCAGGCUUGUUUUUUCAUUACUCAAAAUAGCGUUUCUGUAUAAUCCUUAAAUUACAAAUUGAGAUUAAAAGAAACUAAUGAAAAUUAUUUAAGUAUAGGAAUCUCCUAAUAGCAAUGCAUGAUUAGUUAAUACAUUUCAUUGUACAGUUUUAAUUCUUUUCGUGUUUUUUUUUUUUUGUUUUGCAGCUUCAGAUAUAUUUGCGCUGCCUCUGAAUUAAACAAAUAAUUUCUUGACCACCUGUAUUGUAACAAAUGCUGAGGGCCAUUUCAAGUCAAUUUUAAGUAAUUUGUUAACAUUUUUAAAGUUAUGUUAAUUUAUUUUAAACAUAGAUCUUUCAUUAAGGAGCCACAUCAGCAAGCACUGAUCUGAUCUGGUGAAAUGACUAUCCAAUCUUCUGUCAAAAAACUUGGUGCCCAUUCUCAUUUCAGUUCUUCUCAUUAAACAACAUUUGAUAACUGUAUUAUUAAAUUAUUUCCUUUUCUUCAUCAAUCCCAAACAAAGCCAAAUGUAAACUUUUUUUCUUUUUGUUAUUUGUCUUUCACUGCUAGUCACUCUGCCUCGUGUAAGGUAUAACUAUGCCAUCGUUAACUACAGCUUCCUGUCUCAUUACCACAUUUCUGUGUAUGCUUAAAAGCAUAAUAGAUCGAAUUACAUUGACACUUUAGAAGUUCGUGGAUCAUGAACAAUAAUUAAGCCAGAGACACAGUGAGUCAACUAGUUACUCAACCAGGUCAUUGUAGAUUUUGAUUUAUCCUUUCCUUACUCCUGUUGUCUCGGCAGUGACAGGAUACUGGAAAGAUACAGACUUUUGUGAAUGUGGAUUCUGAGUCCUAGUUCUUCCGUCAAUGGUUCAGUGGUCUCUGUCUAGUUUAUUCAGACUGUUGAAUGAACUUUGAUGCUAUAAUUUAAAGAAAGAGAGAUGAACAAGAGCCAAAGACAUUAACAAAUAAAGGCAGAAGGCUGGUUUGUUCUGAGCAUUUGUCGCGAAUGUUUAUAGUUGGGGUUGCUCACAUUGUGCUUUUCUUCUUUCUCUUCAGAGAUGUAUAAAUUAGUGUUACACCACAAUCAGAGAAACAGAUUUCUAUUGGAUUGUAUAUAGCUCAUAUGCCCAGAAUUAAAGGUUAAAAAGAAGAAGAAUAAAAGGAUAUUGCUAGAAUUGAGUUUAAAAGCAAGAAAUUAUGAAGAGGAGUAUAUAAGAUCUUUCAAGCAGUGAUGAGAUAUUUUUUGAGCUGUGACCACCAGCAUCUCCAGCCCAAAUGUAAAGUCAGUAUUAUUUAUUCCUCCUAUACUUGUUGUGGUAAUAAUAUAUUUUAAGAGUCUUCAACAGUUCUAACUUUACUUUUUAUUGAUAAUAAAAUGAAAACUGAAAUAAUUAAAAUUAUAUUUAUGAUUGGGAAGUAUAAUUAUGAACUGUUUAAUGAAAAAAAUACAGUAUAAAGUUUUGAAAAAUGUAUACCCCACAGUAUUUAAAAUAUGUCUUCAUCAGUAUUUUGCAGACAUAUUUUUCAUUAAUUUUUGCAGAUAGCUUUCCCAUUAUUUUGAAGCAUGAGUAGAUUUGAUUUUUUUUUUAAGGAACACUUUAUGAUUACCUCAACAUAUCUAAAUGCCAAAGAAAGAAAGUUGUGAUUUUUAUUUAGUUGUGAUCCACUCUUCUCUGGAGCUUUUCAGAGAAGAUUUUUCUUGUGUAGCGUUUUUGUUUUUUUUUUUUUUGUUAAUAAUUAUUUUGUCUGAUUGUUUUUGUAAUGAUACAAUCAUAUGACAAAAUAUUUUGUCAUGAGAGCUUGUUUAGUUCAUAUUGCUUGAUCAAGAGAUGUGCUGUGAUAUUUUUAAAAACUCAAAAAUAAAAAGUUGACUUAUUUUUACAUUUUUAGACAAUAAUUCUACUACGCUUGCAUAAACAUGCAUGCAUAUAAUAUAGUGUAUAUAGUUGAUUGCAUGUCCCAAAAUUGGAUGAUGAUAACUUCAGUAUUUUCAA